AUGACCGCAACCAAGUCAACUUUGCCUGCCCCCCUUGGGAGUCCUCCCGUCUGGGCCGAAAAUCGCCAAGCUCUUUGCGAUGCCCUUCCUUACUUCAAGGCGCACGAGGGAAGCCUUUACACGAAAGACAAGAUCAUUAAGGGUAUGCUCCUGAAUGCAUUCUCCACUGUGCGAGACUACUUGGGAACAGAAGUCAUCAUCACUACGCUGUAA